AUGCCAAAGAGCCCGCUACAGCUCUCUGCCUUUGGUAGUGCAAAUACCGGAACAGUGUCACUUCCAACAACUCUGUUUGCCACUGGAGUUGAAGAUGGAAUCCUUGCCAAGGCUUUUAAGACCGACGUUGCCACCAUUCAGAAGCUCAAGAUUGUAAGGUUACUUACAGUGAAAUCAAUUCAUGUACAUGCACAUCAACAAAAGAAGUCAACAGCAUUGCUCGCCUAUGGCGUCAUAGACAAUCCAAGGGAUUAA